CACACAGCUUCUUCCUUUUUUGAGGUAUAUAUAGGUUAGAGUUAAGACACACACGACACACCAGAAAAUCUAUACAGCACACAUUUGCCCCUGGUAAUUCCGUAGACGACGUCCUCCACACCCUUGAUUUUUCUUGUGCCUGCAUACAUGUGAUACGGAGUAGUGUAUGGUGCGGCUGUCAAAAAAAAACAGAGAGUAGUGUAUGGUGCUGCGCAUGAUGUGGGGCUCCGGAAUGACAUGGCAACAACGUAGCGCAUCACACGAUGCACCGGUCGUGUACAUUCCCUGACACACGUCCUGGUUGCACUUACGCUUCCCUUUGCCUGUGUGAACCGCACUGCUCUGGAUUGCCAGCAUGGAAUCGACAACAGUCAUAUGGCUAGUCUAUGUUUCUAUCUUCAUCACCAUUGUAUGGACCAAGAUCGCACGAGGGACGACGGCUAGUACUCCAACAACCAAACGAUCUCUUCCCCCUCCUCCCAUGGCCGCCGGGGCUCCUCUGCUAGGCAUCCUCCCGGCGUUGGUCAUGAAGGGCCCGCUGCAAGCGAUCCACGACGCCUACAAGACGAUGGGAAGCGUGUUCACAGUGCGGCUGCUGCAUCUACAAGUGACCUUCCUAGUUGGACCAGAGGUUUCAAGCCAUUUCUACCAUGGCCUGGACUCGGAGAUGAGCCAGGACGAGGUCUCCAAGUUCACCAUCCCGACCUUCGGCCCUGGCGUCGCCUUCGAUGUGGAUUUGGCCACUCGACGUGAGCAGAUCCGAUUUUUCGGCGACGCCAUGAAGCCGGCGAAGCUCAGAACCUACGCCCCCCUCAUGGCUCAUGAAGUCGAGGAAUACUUCACGAAAUGGGGACAGUCCGGCACGGUGGACUUGAAGCACGAGCUAGAGCACCUCGUGACGCUGGUGGCCAGCCGCUGCCUGUUCGGGGACGAAGUCCGCGGCAAGAUGUUCGGCGAGGUCGCGACCCACCUCCGCGAGCUCAACGACGGCAUGCGCCUCGUCACCAUCCUCUUCCCGCACCUGCCGACCCCGGCGCACCGCCGCCGCGACAGGGCGCGCGCACGGCUCGGCGAGAUAUUCUCCGGCAUCGUCAGGUCCCGCGAAGCAGCACGCCGCGGCGGCCGCUCCUCCUACGACGACAUUCUGCAAAGCCUGAUCGACUCCAGGUACAAGGACGGGCGCGCCACGACGGAGACGGAGGUCGUGGGGAUGCUGGUGUCGGCGCUCUUCGCGGGCCAGCACACGAGCUCCAGCACGGCCACCUGGACCGGGGCGCGCCUCCUGUCGCCCGACAACGCCGCCCACCUCCUCGCCGCCGUCGAGGAGCAGGAGCGGAUCAUGGGCCGACACGGGCCGGACCCGGGCCACAUGGGCUAUGAGGCCCUGCAGGAGAUGGACGCGCUCCACCGCUGCAUGAAGGAGACGCUGCGGCUGCACCCGCCGGCGCUGACGCUGCUGCGGCUCGCGCGCCGGGGCUUCGUCGUGCGGAGCAAGGAAGGGGAAGAGUACGAGGUCCCCGCGGGCCGCACGGUCGCGAGUCCGCUUGUGAUCCACAAUCGGCUACCUGGGCUUUACAGGGACCCGGACAGGUUCGACCCGGGCCGGUUUGGCGGGCCCGACAAAGGCGCGUCGUUGGCCUACACGGCGUUUGGGGGCGGGCGGCAUGCGUGCGUGGGCGAGGCAUUCGCGUACAUGCAGAUCAAGGCGAUAUGGAGCCACCUGCUGAGGAACUUCGAGAUGGAGAUGGUGUCGCCGUUCCCGGAGACGGACUGGAACGUCGUCAUGCCGGGGCCCAAGGGGAAGGUGAUGGUCAGCUACAAGAGGCGGCGGAUGGCAGCGGCCGCCUAAAUUACGAUCGAUGCGUUUAAUAACAAAAAUAAUGGAUAGAAAAUAUUACGAUCAAAUGAGCCCACGGACGGUACAUUCGCCCGUGCUAGUACCAGACUACCAGUUGCAUGUUUAGCUGUGGUCAUGUCACAUACUUAGAUUGGAAGGGGGGGAAAAGAACCUGUGUUUAUGUUACGCCGUAAACAGGUGAAAUAGCCAGUAUGCCUGAAAGGAAUUAAACUAUACUGCUUGGGGGGAAACCAUGUUGAGGAAACAAAACUUCAUAUGAAAUGCCUUAGUUUUUCAGGAGUUAAAAAGAAGACAAUCGUGAUAUCUUCA